UUUUUUUUCUCUCCAAAUCUCUGCUUAAUUUUAAAUAUUUUUUGUCAAAAAUUUUCUGUCCUUUUAGUUAUUUUUUUGUUUCUUCUUUUUAAAAAAUGGUGCUUGAUUGUUUAUCUCGAUCUUGGCGAUAUUUUUUGCAGAGGAUUUUCAUCCUCAUUCCAUCCUUCUCCUAAACUUUCCGUCCUUUCUGUCCCCCCCCCCCCUCUUACAAAAUUUUUUAAAAUAUUUCAAGCAUCAUUUUUAAAAAAUUUGGUUUUUUCUUCAAAGUGAUAUAACAUAAAUUAAUAUAUAUAUCAGCCAAAAAUCUAUAAAAAUUUAUUUUUUAUUUUCUCUUUUUCUUUUCGCUUGGGUGUUUAAGAAUUGCAUAAAAAAUGUUUCUGUUAAAAGAAAAAAAUUUUUUUAAUUGUUAUUUUACAAAAAUUUAUUUUUUUUUAAUUUAUUUUUUCGUCACGAAAAUGUUUUCUUUUAUUUAAUUAAACAAAAAAUUAAAUUAAUUUAAUGUACAAAUAAACAGAAUGAUUUCUGAUACGUCAAUAAUUAAUUCAAAUAAAUGGACAAUUGGGGACACUGUGAAGAUUAUUGAAAAUAAAAAUAAUAAUGAUUAUUGGCAUAUUAGAGAAUUUGUUUUGGAGGAUUUACAGGAUGUUUGUGCUCUUUGUCGGUAAUUUAUUUUUGAUUUUGAUUAAAGUCGUAGGGUUGGAAGUACUACGUUAAAAAUUUUUUUAAAUGUGAUUUUGUGGGUUUUGACCUUUUUUAGGUUUUUGCCUAAACUCUUGUGGGUAUGAUUCUGCCUAAAAUCGUGUUUAUCGAUUAUUAGAGGUAUCUCUCGUUCGUUACCGAUUAUUAUUUUUAGAGUUCG